UCAAUGGCAAAAUCGGAGAAACCCCAUGAUCUCUACCUCACAUGCAACGAGCACAGCCUUUUGGACCAGUUAUGCUCUUGCACUGCCGGUUCACCAGGUUUUUGCUCUCACAUUGUGGGCCUUAUGUACACCCUGGACCUGUGCCGUGCCAGACAUAAUGACAUCUCCUCCACAAGCCAGCCUCAGCAGUGGCACAAAGCCAGGGGUAAAAAAAUAACUGGACAACCUGUGAGCAGUGUGGUGGUAGCCAAGGCCAAAGUCAACCGCAAGCGGAAACCCAUCAUGUCCAGCUAUAUCCACAAUAAGAAAGAGUUAGGGACAGCAGUGUAUGGUCUACUGAGGGAGAUGUCAGAUGCACCUAUAAGCUACAUUGCUGAUGAAACUGCACCUGAGGUAGAAGUUGGAGGCAGGAAGUAUGCAGUGGGGUGCGGUCUAAGCCACCAGCUGCCACUUGUUUGCCAAGUUGGAGAGUCUUCUGUUGAUCCUGGAGUAACUCCUGUCAGCCAACCAGAUGACCUGCCCAACUUUCCUCUGCCAUCCCAACCCACCAGCUUCUGCACAGUUCUGAGUGAAAGUGCCAUGCGUUGUUACACAGAACUGAAAAUGUCUGCCUGA